AUGGGGGAGGGCCCUUCCCCCGAUCCCGUUCGUCUGACCAUGGAAAUCGCCAUGACGGAUACCGACCACACCCCGAAGUUCGUGCCUGGGACUCGCCUUUCCGGCAUCAUCAGGCUCUUGGUCAGAUGGAAGGGGAGCAUCUUCAAGCUGAUCGGGUUGGAUGUCGUCAUCUGGCUCCUUUUCUUUUACACCUUCAGUUGCAUUUACCGAUUUCUUCUGGAUGACGACCAGAGAACCCUGUUCGAGAAGGCGGUGCUUUAUUGCCGCGAUUUCAACAGCAACAUCCCGCUGACGUUUGUUCUCGGUUUCUACGUUACCACGGUCAUUAACCGAUGGUGGGGUCUGUGGAACACCCUCCCCUGGCCGGAUGACGUCAUCCACUAUCUCACCACUUACCUCAAUGGACAGGAUGAGCGAUCAAAAUUGAUGAGAAGGACAAUCCUGCGAUACGUGAACCUGGGGACUAUCUGCUGCAUGAGGUACUUUAGCAGUCGAGUCAAGAAACGAUUCCCAUCCAUGAGAAGCCUCGUCGAAGCAGGACUGAUGGAAGAAAGCGAACGUCGAAUGAUGGAAGUGAUGGGAGGGGAUUCAUCAGAUUCACUGCGGUCCAUGUUCUGGAUCCCGCACACGUGGGCGACGAGAAUCGCCCAUCAAGCCAGGGAGGAGAAUCGGAUCCAGAGCGACUUGGGUCUUCGAGGGAUAGUCGAUGCCGUGACUGCUGUUCGUCGGACGUGCGCCAUGUGUCAACAUGUGGAAUUCAUUGAAGUCCCGGUCGUCUACUCCCAGGUGGUGACAAUUGCAACUUACAGCUUCUAUUGUGCUUUGGUGCUCGGGAGCCAGUCCAUAGAUGGUGAUGACUCCGACAAAGAUGACAUCAAUGCCUACGCUCCCAUCACAUCCGUAUUCCUGUUGGUCUUGUAUGUCGGAUGGCUGAAAGUGGCCGAGUCUCUCAUCGAUCCAUACGGGGAAGAUGAUGCUGAUUUCGAGCUCAACUGGCUUUUUGAUCGUCACAUCAAAGUCACACACGUGUUGGGAGAGGGGAUGAAUACGAGUUUCAAGGAAUACACAUGGAAGGACAUGUUCCCUUGGCUCUAUGAUCAAACAUUGGCACCGAAAGCGAAACUGCUCCUCUUCGCUAACAUGAUGGACAAGGACAAGGAUAACAAGGUACCAGAGCUGGUGGAUGUGCCUAUUCCCAGGAGUGACCCAGACACAUUGAGGAUGACGACCCUUUUCCGAAUACUGAGAAUGAAUGACGCCCCUGGAGAUGGCCUCCAGAGCCGCCGUCGCUUCAAGUUCGAGGAUCAGCUCUCGCUUAUCGAAAAGGAGUGGGAAGAACUGUAACAUCUGUAUUUGCAUCUCUCCAUCUUUGAUCUCGCGUCCGAUUACGUCCCAUGCGAGGUACGACUCCAUAUUCACGAAACUCCCCGAUGGAUCAAGAAAUAUAACAUUCUUAAGAAGUUGGUGGUGUUACAUCUGUCGAAG